AUGCCUCCUAGACUUGGCCCCUACACUGGCAAGGUCUCUCGGCGAUCCCAUCGAAAAUCUCGACUGGGGUGCCAGAACUGCAAAAGGCGCAGGGUGAAGUGUGAUGAGGUGAAGCCUAGUUGUGGCAACUGUCUGCGCCACUCCAUUGACUGCGAUUAUACCUUAAAUCCAGAAAUAACUUCCACCCCAUCCUCAGAGGGGGAAGUUACUCCAACCUCGCUCAACGACAGCUACACCUUCAUUUCCUCGUCCCAGGCCAAUUUCACUCCUCCAAGGAGAGGGCGUAGUUCACAUCCUCUGUCAACACAUCAGCAUGAUGAGCCAAGCCCCCAGCUGCAUCAAGCGGUGGCCAAGAAGACUUUCCAAUUCACAGCCACUGACAUGGCCCUAUUCCAUCAUUUCAUCACAUCAAAGGACUUGGCAGCCUCUAAUAACCACAUGCAAACCCAGCUGUCUCAACUAGGGUUCACCUUCCAUUAUGUUUUGCGUCUUCUUCUGGCGUUCUCAGGGUUUCACCUGGCACGCGAUCCAGCUAACCAUUCGUUCCUGGGCUCGAGAACUGACUUGUACGCCGUUGCUGAACGGCACUAUGAAAUGGCUGUUCGCGAGGUCACAGCCGCAAUUCCACAACUAGACACAGCAACGAGUCCAGCACUUUAUGCAUCUUCAAUAUUCAUAUUUCUCUGCUCGCUUGCGAAAGGACCCCAGCAGGGGGAGUAUCUAGCUUACCGCGACGACGGUGGUCCAGGCUGUUUGUCCUUAUUCAUGGGUCUGCGGUCGAUUUUGGAGAUGUGUAGGGCAACUCUCCCGGUCGACGUUUUGACCAUUCAUGCUGCCGAUCCAGAAGAUACGACUUCCCAGGCCGAGGAACCUCCCGUUCACCGUGAAGAACCGGUCCCCCAGGUAUAUCGAGAUCACCUGGGACAAGUACGGCAUCUGGUCUCAGCGACUUUCGCCGACAGCAGUGUCAGGUAUACAGACUACUCCCAGGUUCUCGACCGACUCUGUCACUGCUACGAUGUCGUAUUUGGCGGCGCCUCCCAGCUGCCAGAGUCUCAACUCUGGCACCAAAUGUUCGGUUGGUUAUAUACCCUGCCGGAUCUCUUUUUAGCAGAUGUACAACAACGCAGGCCCGUUGCCUUGGUUGUGUUUGCCUUUUUCACGGUUUUGCUGAAGCGACUGGAUCUGGCGUGGUUUAUCCGUGGGUGGGCGGACCAUAUCAUGAAUGGCAUUUUUAGCAGCCUUGAUGAGUAUCAUCAAGGAUAUGUCCAGUGGACUAUGCAGCAAAUAGGUCGACAGUCCGACAGUUUACCUUUAUCGAGGAUUGAAGUCCCUUGA